GCUGCUAUUGGCUGUUUGGCGAGCUCACGAGAAUCAAUUCUCUCAUACAGGUUUGCAUGAGCGAAAGAGCUUUAUUGUUUCCCUCCGCCUCAAAUUCAGCAGGGUUACUGGACAUUUAAGCGGUGCUAUGGCUGGAGGAAAAGCUGGAAAAGACAGUGGGAAAGCCAAGGCAAAGGCAGUAUCCCGUUCCCAAAGAGCUGGACUUCAGUUCCCAGUGGGACGUAUCCAUAGGCACUUGAAGACACGCACAACAAGCCAUGGACGUGUUGGAGCCACAGCAGCUGUGUACAGCGCUGCCAUCCUGGAGUACCUGACUGCUGAGGUGCUGGAGUUGGCUGGCAAUGCUUCCAAGGACUUGAAGGUGAAGCGUAUCACGCCUCGCCACUUGCAGCUUGCCAUCAGAGGGGACGAGGAGCUCGACUCGCUCAUCAAAGCCACCAUCGCUGGAGGCGGUGUGAUUCCACACAUCCACAAAUCCCUGAUUGGGAAGAAGGGACAACAGAAGACUGCAUAAAGGACACUGAUGUUACCUGUGUAUGUAUAGAAGAGGGCAUAGAGGACAGUGAUAUUACGUGUGUGUGUGUUUGUAUAGAGGACGGCAAUCAGCAUGACAUUCUGUUUCUGAUUAUUUUGUAAUUGUAGUUAAACCUAAAGCGGCCUAUACGUGAAUUAACUUUAGUCCGACAACUUAAAAGCCUUUUUUCCAAUUUGAGUUUUUCAUCGAUGUUUGCUUUUAGUCCAGGACUAUGCUUGAUACACAUAUGGGGAUACUGCCCUGAGUUGGUCAGGUAGACUUGAUUUUUUUAAUUAUUAUUUUAUUUUUCCUGUACUUUUUUGAUGUUUUGGUUAAAGGAAAAAAAAAAUGAACUUGACUUCUAUAUCCUCUCAGAUUGUUUACCGAAUGCAAACCAGAUAAUUUGUCAAGGAUCACUUUCAUAGACAUUGGCUGUCAUUCCUUAAAAAAAAAACUGUUUUAUACAUAAAAUGUUUUAAAUGUCUUUUUAAAAAAACUGUCUUGGUGUGUUUUUUUUAAUAAUAUGUUGUCCUAUCUAUUGAUCAUAUGUGAUUAAAUGGGUUGAAUGAAAGAAG